UGGUGGUGAGCAGCUGAGCAGCUGGACAGCCGAUUCAGAUGCAGCAGCAGCAGCUGCAACCCCGGGAGAGCAUGAACUCUAAGCCGAAGGCCAUAGAGAUCAUCGGAGCGCCUUUCUCUAAAGGACAGCCUCGAGGAGGGGUGGAGAAAGGCCCGGCUGCGUUGAGGAACGCUGGUCUGCUGGAGAAGCUUAAAGAAACAGAGUGUGACGUGAAAGACUACGGCGACCUGGCCUUUGUUGAUGUCCCUAAUGACAGCCCCUUCCAAAUUGUGAAGAACCCACGCUCUGUGGGAAAAGCCAAUGAACAGCUGGCCGGUGUGGUGGCGGAGGUGCAGAAGAAUGGAAAAGUCAGUGUGGUGCUGGGGGGAGACCACAGUAUGGCGAUUGGAAGCAUCUCUGGCCACGCCAGGGUCCACCCUGACCUGUGUGUCAUCUGGGUGGAUGCUCACACCGAUAUCAACACUCCGCUGACAACCGGCACUGGGAAUCUGCACGGGCAACCGGUGGCCUUUCUCCUGAAGGAAUUGAAAGGAAAGUUUCCAGACAUACCAGGGUUCUCCUGGCUGACUCCCUGCAUCUCCGCCAAGGACAUUGUGUACAUCGGCUUGCGGGACGUGGACCCCGGGGAACACUAUAUAAUGAAAACUCUGGGGAUUAAGUAUUUCUCAAUGACUGAAGUAGACAAGCUGGGAAUUGACAAGGUGAUGGAAGAGACGUUCAGCUACCUGCUGGGAAGGAAGAAAAGGCCCAUUCACCUGAGCUUCGAUGUUGAUGGCCUGGACCCCGCUUUCACGCCGGCCACCGGCACACCUGUUGUGGGAGGCCUAUCGUAUAGAGAAGGCCUCUAUAUCACAGAACAAAUCUACAAGACAGGGCUCCUUUCAGGACUAGAUAUCAUGGAAGUGAACCCAGCUCUUGGGAAGACAGCAGAAGAGGUGACCCGUACCGUGAACACGGCAGUAGCUUUGACCCUGGCUUGUUUCGGAACUCAACGGGAGGGAAACCACAAGCCAGGGACCGACUACCUUAAACCGCCUAAGUAAGUGGAAAAUGAGAAUCAUCUGGGACGUCACAGCAAACCAAACAGAACCAAACAAACACCUUCUCCUCCCAAGGGCUUGUUCCUUUACAAAAAAGAAAUGUGCUUUUUUUUUUUUCAAUAAGAAUGUAUUCCGGCAGUUCCUUUCUGGUAUGAAAUUCAGGAUGUGGAAUUUAAAACAGCUAUAAAAUCGGGAAAUAUGUAUUUCCCAUUUUAGCAGAAGUCAUUCUUAAGAAGUAGUAUAAAUUAAUUUCCAAUUAAAAAAUGCACUAGCAUUUAAAAUACACAGUGAUGUUAAGUGUCAACUCACAGUUGGAAGCAAAGGUAUCCAGAGGGGUAGCCUGUAUCCACGUUGUUUAA